UGAAAGUGAUACGUGAACUCUUGCUACCAACUUUGUAAGUUGCUGUAAAAAAAUCACGUUAUUUGAAGAUUUAUAAUAACUGUAUAAAAAAAUAUUGAUAAAUCAGUUUAAAAUUAUCUGCAAUUGACAAAUAUGACUGCAGAUCUGAAAAAGUUUCUGUUAGGUUUAUUGAAUCGAGUAGAAGGUUUGCACAGUAUUUUGAUCACAGACAGAGACGGAGUGCCAGCUGUUUAUGUAGCUAAUGAUAAAGCUCCAGAAUUAGCAAUGAGAGCAAGUUUUCUUUCUACUUUUGGAAUGGCAACUGAUCAAGGAAGUAAAUUAGGUCUUGGGAAAAACAAUACGGUUAUUUGUAUGUACAGCAGUUAUCAGGUUGUGCAAAUGAAUAAAUUACCACUUGUAGUAAGUUUCAUUGCAAGUCACAAUUGUAAUACUGGCCAAAUUCUUGAUUUGGAAAAGAAAAUUGAUCCUGUGCUCAGCCAAUUGAAAAAUGCCGUUGUGGAUGCCUGAUGGUUGCCUGUUGUCCACUAUGGGUGAUAAUUAAUACAUAUCACCCAUGAGUGUGGCAUUGUGAUAAAAGACUUAUUAUUUUGCAUUAGCUAGUAGAUGAUAAAAUAUUGUAUACAUUGACAUUUUGGAACUAGUACAUUAUUUAAUUAGCUUAAGAAAGUAGAUUUUUGUUUGUCUCAUGUAAGAUUUACACCCAAGUGAAGCAAGUUAGGUAAUGUACUAUUGUGGCAAUGCAGCAUCGCUUUAUGAGAAUGGAAUAAUUGUAAGCUAAACUUUGUACAAUGGAAAUUUAUGUUUAUUUGUAAUCAAUUAAGGUAUUCAGAUAUAGAAUGUUUUAUUUUACUUGCUAAUAUUUUUUAAUACAUACAUAUUAAAGAGUUAUAAAAAUAUUAAAAUACUACUAGAAAAAUGAUUAUACUGUGCUUAUCGCAUUAACUGUGUA